AUGAGCAAACUUGGUAAUAUGGUGCGUGAUUUCUACAAAAAUGGAUAUGGAGAGAAAGACACUUCUAUUCAAGUCAUUACCAGUGAAGAUGAAAUGCUGGAACCUGUCUCCCAUGAAGACGAAAUGCGCGAUGUAACAAUAUUUACAAAAAUCAUCAAAUUUAUUAAGGUUUCACGUGAUACAAAUGAAUUGAAGGGCGUUGAAAGGAUUUUAUAUACCUAUGAUUUACGCCCUGUUGAAGCCGCAAGAAGGAAGUGGGAUUGGUUCAACUUUGUGUAUUUUUGGAUGUCGGAAUCUUUCAAUAUAGGUGUCUGGCAGGUAGCGGGGACAGCGGUGGAGGCUGGCCUUAGUUGGUGGGAAACUUGGAUUUCCGUUUGGCUUGGUUAUUCAAUAGUUGCAUUUUAUCUUUCUUUGCAGCAAAGGGUUGGUAGCUACUAUCAUAUAGGAUUCCCAGUUUCUUGUCGGGCAUCGUUUGGGAUAUUUGGAUCGCUAUGGCCUGUAUUAAACAGGACGGUAAUGGCUUGUUUGUGGUAUGGCGUAGAAGCGUGGAGGGGAGGUCAGUGUGUUCAAAUAAUGCUAAAGGCUGUUUUCGGAGCAGAUUUAGAUACCAGAAUUAAAGACACCAUGUCAUCGCCUAACGUCUCUACUUUUACAUUUGUCGCAUUUUUCAUAUUCUGGAUAUUCUCGUUACCUUUCAUUUGGUUUCCGCCACAUCAAAUUAGACAUUUGUUUACAUUUAAAGCCAUGGUGUGUCCUAUAGCGAGCGUCCUUUUUUUGAUUUGGGCUAUAAUUCGUUCUGGUGGAAUCGGUCCUGUAGUUUAUCAAAAGAAUUACUUACAUGGUUCUGAGCAUGCUUGGGUAUUUAUAAAGGGAACCCUCGCUGCGAUGGGAAAUUUAGGUACACUAAUUGUUAAUUCUCCUGAUUUUUCUCGCAUGGCGAAAAACAGGAACUCUGCUUUAUGGUCGCAGAUAUUUGCGAUUCCACUUUGUUUCAGUAUCACUUCAUUGAUUGGCAUAUUGGUAUCUUCAGCUUCUACUAUAUUAUAUCAUAAAACUUUUUGGUCACCAUUAGAUGUUUUGGACAAAUUCUGCGAUACAAACGAUAAAGCUGCAAAAGUUGGCGCCUUUUUUAUAUCUUCUAGUUUCAUGAUUGGCCAAUUAGGCGUUAAUAUUUGUGCGAAUAGUUUAUCUGCAGGGAGUGACAUGACUGCCUUGUUUCCUUACUUUAUUAAUAUAAGAAGAGGGGGUUAUGUUUGCGCAGCUAUUGGGAUCGCUAUAUGCCCUUGGAACUUGAUGUCGUCUUCAAACAAUUUCACUACUUAUAUGUCUUCUUACUCGGUCUUUUUGUCGGCUAUUGCAGGAACUAUCUCAGCAGAUUAUUUCUUUGCAAGAAGAGGGUAUUUGAACAUAUGGAACUUAUACUCGUACAAGAAAGGUGAAGAUUACCAUUAUAAUUUCGGUAUCAACUGGCGUGCUGCUGUUUCAUAUGUCUGUGGUGUGGCUAUCAAUUUUGUUGGCUUUUUAGGCUCUUGUGGUGUUAAAGUUCCAAUUGCAGCGACGCACGUCUAUUACUUAAACUUUAUCGUUGGGUACUCCGUAUCUUUUGUGGUUUAUUGUGUAUUGGCUAUAUUUUUUCCUCUUCCAGGGGUACCUGCUUUUGAAAUGAAGAGUAGAACUUGGUUAGAGCAAUACCUUGAUGUUGACGAUUUUGAGUUAGAAUUUCUUAGUGGAAAGCGAAGCGCAAAAUUGGAGUGA